GGGGGAGGGGGAGGGGGGCUCGAGGAGGGGGAGGGAGAGUUGGAGGUGGCCGUGCAAGGAUGGUAUUUUUUUCAAGUCUGACGAUUUGGGUCCACUGGUCUCGAGGAACGGGACAAUCCGGUCUUGGGGGGUUGCGCAUGGCAUGUGGCUGUCGAAGCAGAUGGUACCAGGCGGGUGGAGGCCGGUCUUCUGCGGCUGGAUGCUGCGUCCCAUAUGAUAUAGUUCUCGCAACCGGUGUUCGUUUCUGCGGGAAAAGGUCGGUCAGUAACUGGGUUUUCUGAUUGUCCUGGUUGUCCUGAUUGUCCUACUUGCCUGCUUGUCUGCUUGCCCUCCUCCUCCUCCUCCUCCUCCU